AUGCAGCCUUUCAUGGACUCAGCUCUCAGAGGACUUGAAUUCUGUUUUUGCUACAUUGACGAUAUCCUCAUUGCGUCAAGUAACGAGGAAAUUCAUCAACAACAUUUACGCGAAGUUUUUGAAAAACUUCAAGAGUUCGGCCUAGUCAUCAAUGUACCCAAGUGUUUCUUUGGACUUACAGAGGUGAGAUACUUAGGCUACAUGGUGGAUGAAUCAGGUAUAAGACCUCCUUCCGACCGUGUCGAAGCACUAACAAACUAUCCAACCACCGACUAUGGAUCAGUAACGAAAGUUUCCUGUAUUCCUGAUGCAUCAAAAACUCAAACCCCUCUCGUCAAUUUGACCAUCGGAGCUAAGAAAAACGACAAGCGACCCAUCCAAUGGAACACCGAAGCAGAUCGAGCAUUCGAUGAAUGCAAAGACUGGUUGAGGGACGCAGUACAACUAGCUCAUCCACGUUCAGAUGUGCCUCUAGUUUUACGAUGUGACGCCUCAGAUGUUGCAGUUGGAGCUGCACUCGACCAACGCGUCAAUGAACAACUGCAGCCACUUGGUUUCUUCUCGAGGAAACUCAAUACCAGAGAAAUGAAAUACAAAAUCUAUGAUCGAGAACUUCUAGCCAUCUACAGAGCCAAAUCCGGCCAUACAUGUGAUCGCAUCGCACGGCAACUCGAGGAAAUAGGUCGCUCCUCAACUAGAAUCGAAUUCGUCCCUGGAAAUGAGAACAUCGUAGCCGAUGCAUACUCUUGCAUCGAAACUAUCAACAUGCCCGUCACAAUAAGCAACACAGACUUGUCCGAUAUGCAACGAGAUGACGACGAACUGAAGCUUCUUCUUGAAACACCAGGUAAGAAUUCACUUCAAUUACGACGACUGCGAACAGAGGAUACCGACACCACUGUUUAUUGCGAUGUUGGUGGCAACUACAUUUGUCCAUAUGUGCCAGCAACACUUCGUAGAAAAGUUUUCGACAGUGUGCAUAAAUUAUCACAUCCCAGCGGAAGAGCUACCAAACAACAAAAUCGCUUUACAAGGUGGCCAGAAGCAAUACCACUCAAAGACAUCACAGCAGAAACCAUCGUCAGCUCAUUCUUCAAUAAUUGGGUAUGUAGAUUUGGCGCCCCUAAAACAAUAACUACCGACAGAGGAACACAAUUCGAAUCAGCAUUAUUCGAAGCACUCCCUAAACUAACCGGAAGCACACGAAUCAGGACUACUGCCUACCAUCGUGCUGUCAACGGAAUAAUGGAGCGCUGGCACAGGUCAUUAAAGUCGUCUAUAAAGUGCCAAGAAGCUACAGAUUGGGUGAGUGUUCUUCCUACUGUUUUAUUAGGCCUACGGACGAGCUUUAAAGAAGAUAUAAAGACUACUGCCGCAGAAACGGUUUUCUCAACAACUCUCAGAUUGCCAGGGGAAUUCUUCAUACACGAGAAAGUCUCGCUCGAACCUGGAAUCUUCGUGGAGAAAUUCCGCGAACAUAUGCGACAUAUUAAGUCGACUCCAUCAGCUCAUCAUUGUCGAACAAGACCAUUUGCACAUACGACACUCUACACUUGUUCUCACCCGUACAAGGGACCAUACAAAGUGCUAGAACGUAUCUCCGACUACGUUUUCAAGGUUAACAUCCAAGGAACACCAGAAACAAUAUCUACAGAGCGUCUAAAGCCAGCCGAAGACAUCGAAAGGGUAACACCAAGGUGCAGCAAUACUCCAAAGAAUAUUCCAACAAGACCAAAAUGGAAAACGACAUCGACAACAGCACAGUCACCAGCUCCAAGUGCAGCUACAACGUCCAGUUCAACUUCAGCUAGACCAUCUCCCUCGUCAACAAAUCUUUUGGGUAAUUUAAAAACAUAUCCUGCAAAGAAAAAACCAAGACAAGUAAGAUUUGCAAAAUAA